GGCCCACGCUGACCACCCUUUCAUCAACCUUCCAUCCAGUACGCCUGUUUACUAGGCACUCCAGUCUGCUCUCGCUAGAAACUCUCUCAGUCACAGCCAUCAGCGCCAUGGCGAUGAACAAGAUACCUGGCCGUAACAUAUAUAUUGGAGGCAUAUUCUCGCUCAAAAACAAAGCAGCCUUAAGUAGAGCAAACAUCACUCAUGUUGUCUCGGUGUUACGACUGCAGCCAACAGAUGAUACAUUCUUGACUUACCAACAUCACCAGAUUGAAGUUGAUGAUGUUGAGGAUGAAAAUAUCCUAGAACACUUCCCAGCUGCCAUCGGGUUUAUCCAGUCUGGCUUGAACUCAGGUGGGGGAGUGCUUGUUCAUUGUGCAAUGGGAAAGUCUCGCUCCGCAACCAUCUGCAUCGCCUAUCUUCUGCAUCAUCAGCAAAGCGCUUUUACACCACAGUCUGCUCUUGCUCUUCUCAGAGAAUCUCGACCUCUAUGUGAGCCCAAUCCCGGGUUCAUGAAGCAGCUUGAACUUUAUCAUCAGAUGGGCUGUCCUACAGACGUUACUUCACACCCCGCCUACAGUCGCUGGCUUUACCAUCGAGAAGUUGAAGAGAGCGUAGCAUGCGGACGUGCUCCUGAAAUGAAUUCUAUUUUAUUCGAAGAUGAACAGCCGCAGCAGCAAGUCGAUACUGCGGGCGAAUUAACGGAGGUUAAGUGUCGCAGAUGCAGGCGCAAAUUGGCGCUAGCUCGAUUUGUCGUUCCCCAUGGGCCCCAGAAAGAUGCCAAAGCUGCUGUAACAUCUGAUUGCGCUCAUGUGUUCUUGAACCCGCUGACGUGGAUGCGACCGAGCCUCUUUCCCAAUAGCCCUGACGCCUCGGCUGACCUUGCUUCCGAAGAUGCCCCUCUAUCCGGCCGCUUGACAUGCCCCAAUGCCUCAUGCGGCUCCAACAUUGGCAAGUUUGCGUGGCAGGGUAUGCAGUGUAGCUGCGGUGACUGGGUGGUACCCGCCAUUGCCCUUGCAAGGGCCAGGGUUGACAUUUCAGAACCAGUAACCAUCCGUCGCGGUCCAGGUAACCUAGCCCCUGGUAUUCGCCUGCCGCCAAGCAUGAGGCCCAGCGGCGUGGAUACGUCUACUGCCAGACCGUUAAGUGAAAGCUCCAACAUCCCGAAAACGGCCUCUCAAACGAUGGGCAACAGCCAGGGUCAGCGAAGCCUACGUAAUGUGCGUGCUACCCGCGGAAAAUGGCAGGCCUUUGCUUUCCGUCAGAACGGUCCAGGCCAAGCUGGCGUACCAUUGACCGGCGGUCAAUGUAGAGACAUACGUCACGUGGCAUGCCGAUCACGAAUGCUCAUUUCAGAGGAAAUUAGAAAGGCACGCCACUCAAUUUGCCAUAUCUACGGAGUACCACAGCACUGAAGAUUCGGUCGAUCGCUCGAAUGACGGUAUGGACUUGGACCCUUGCGUGGGAUAACGGCGAAAUCAAGGCGAAUGACUGAGCGUUAAACUUUAAUCCAGUCUUCCAGGCUGUCAAUUCGCUGGCGUCUCGGAAGUCGCAGAUCCAAUCACCAGAUCGACCGCGACCAUCAUUCAGCAAUGAGGAAGAAAUUCAGUGUAUACAUCGAUGAUAGACUGCGAGACUCAGUGCCGGAGAACUAAGGUUGACUCAGAUGCAACCGCUGCAGCCGACAGCCAUGAUCCAUUGUCCCUGUUGACCGCAUCGUACGGAGAAUUUGAUCCAGGAGCCCGGCAAGUGCCGCAUCCCUCGCUAGUAGGCUGUCAUUGGCAAAGUUGAAACCAGCGCAAAACCCCACAUCCGUCCCACGAGGCUGUGCCCCACAUGAAGCCCGAGAAGCCAAUCACUGGAGGUUCAAGCCAGGAACCCGACCGCGUCAGCGAGCCAUUUCGGGGAUCUGCAGCAUGGGCGGUUCGGAGGUGGAAGAACAUUUCUCAGUCCUCGCAGGGACGCCAGAAGCUCCUCUCAGGCCUGCCUAGGCUGGAUCACUAGCGCCGGGAAGGGGGCUGUGCAAACUGCUCUUACGCAACGCCCGUUCAGCAGCAGCCACUCAACGCCCAGGGCUGACAUUCACUCUCGUCCUCGUUUUACACCCGAGCCGUAUUUUUCACUCUUCUGUAACCGAUAGCAAGGAGGACUUUCAAGACCACCGGCGUGGCAAUCCGGGCUACAGGAGAUUGUUGGAACACACGGAUCUUGAAUCGUGUCACAGCCGCCACUCUAAUAAUAUGAUUUGAUGUACGUCAACCUAGGCUGUAGUUGAGAUGCACCUCCCUUCUUCUUCUAAAAACUGGCUUGUGCAGGCACCCGUUAUCCAGGAGCCACCAAAGACUUGCUUGCUAGGAGAGAGAAAGUUAAGUUAUAGUUCUGACCUCCUGGCACGAGGGGCGCUGGAACUUGGGAGCUGCCUGGAACCCCCGGACCAGGCUUGGUAGAGAUGUUUAUCGGCUCAGAUAUCUCUCGUAUGGUCAUUCUAGUUGACCUCAAACAAUUCAACCCAUUUCAUCAACCAAGACUGGGUUUGUCGCCGUUACGCAGUUACCUAGUCUAAGAAUAGGCCCUGCUGGUACUCCGUAUCGCGAUCAAGCUUCGGCAUUAUUGUCACCAGUCACACCAUGAAGGUUUGGCGGAUCCCUAGCUCUACCAAGUCGGAUCUGGAUGAAUGGACGGGAUGUCGAAGAGGUUAUUGCCUAGCGACUCGUCACUGCCCACGUCUUCUCCCAGGCAAAGGACGGAGAAGAUCAAGAUGAAGCCGAGAGUGUCGAGAUCGAGGGAGCCUAGCACUGCCUCGUUCAUGAAUCGCUGUAUAGUUCCCUUGGACCCUGGCUGCCGGCCUAAAUAAAUCUUGUUGCCUUGACGUGACAAGCAUUCCACCAAGGGUCCAGCGUCGUUAUCUUCCCUUUUUUUUUUUUUUUUUUUUUACGCCUGCCGAGACAAGAAGGAUUGAACGUCGACACUUUGAGACACCUUGCAAUAUCCAAGAGAAGAGACAGGGACGAGGGUAGGGGUAGUGGUAGUGGUAGAGAAAUGUAUGGUAGAUAAUCACACUUUCACUCGACUUCCGUCCCCGGCGCAUCUCGGUCCUACAGUAUUGUCGAGCUUUUAUACCUAGGUCUCUAGUGCAGGGCUAGCUGGUGCGGGAUGAUAAGAUUGAGUUCGUGGGAGGACACGACAUGGACUAUCGAUUUUGGUUUGGGCAUGGACAUGGACGUGGACGUGGG